AUGAGGCCAGAUAUUAUCUUACAGAUAAAUGAGGAAGUCAAAAAGCAAUUUGAUGCUGGAUUCCUUCAGGUGAUCAAAUACUCAAAAUGGGUAGCUAACAUUGUGCCUAUUCCUAAGAAAGACGGAAAGAUGGCAGAUGCUUUGGCUACUUUGGCUUCCAUGAUCAAAGUAAGCAAACAAGAGGAUGCGAAGCCCAUUCAGAUGAGCAUUUGUGAGGCCCCAUCUUAUUGUUAUAAUAUAGAGGAAGAAGAGAGAGAUGAUCAUCCUUGGUCUCAGGAUAUAUUGCGGUAUGUGAAAAAUCGUGAAUAUCCAGAUCAAGCAAUGGAGAAUGACAAAAGGACAUUGAGAAGGCUAGCCUAUGAUUAUGCUUUAGAUAGGGAGAUCUUGUACAAAAGAAGAAAGGAUCAAGUACUUUUGAGACAUGUGGAUGCUGUGGAGGCUAAAAAAAAUCUUGGAAGAAGUGCACGAAGGUGUUUGUGGAACACACGCUAA